AUGGGAGCCGUGCGCAGGCGUGGAAAUAAUAUGUUUGCUCCAACGACAGAACCAAAGAAAAAUCCUCUCCAAAGAGUGCCAUUUUCAAAGCCCCCUUUUACAAUUGGUGACAUCAAGAAGGCAAUUCCUCCUCAUUGCUUUCAUCGAUCUCUCAUUCGCUCGUUCUCCUAUCUUAUUCAAGAUCUCAUAUUUGUCUCCAUCUUUUACUAUAUUGCCACAACUUAUUUCCAUUUCCUUCCGUCGCCAUAUAGUUACCUAGCAUGGCCUAUUUACUGGAUCGCUCAAGGUUGUGUUUUCACCGGAAUAUGGAUGAUUGGCCAUGAGUGUGGCCACCAUUCCUUCAGUGAUUACCAAUGGGUAGACGACACUGUUGGUCUUAUCCUUCACUCUGUACUUCUAACGCCAUACUUCUCAUGGAAAUAUAGUCAUCGUCGUCACCAUUCUAAUACUAGUUUCCUUGAGCAUGAUGAAGUAUACGUGCCUAGGCUUAAAUCCGAACUAAGACAGCUCACCAAGUAUUUGAACAAUCCACCAGUACAAGUACUCGGACUUGCCUGCACCCUCAUUCUUGGCUGGCCUUUGUAUUUGGUCUUCAAUGCCUCCGGUAGACUAUAUCAUCGCUUUGCGUGUCAUUUUUAUCCAUAUAGCCCAAUAUAUGAUAAUCGCGAGAGAAUACAAAUCUACAUUUCAGAUGCAGGUGUGAUUGGAGCUAGUUAUGUGUUGUAUCGCAAUGCUUUGGCACAAAGUCUAGCUUGGCUUAUAUGCUUCUAUGGGGUGCCCCUCCAAAUUAUGAGCAUCUUUAUAGUGUUAAUCACUUUUUUGCACCGUACUCACUCUUCAUUGCCACACUAUGAUUCAUCUGAGUGGGAUUGGUUAAGAGGUAUGAGUUCAGACUCAGGAAGACUAAGCGACUGGGGUCGUGACAGUGUGCUAAAUAAGGUCUUUCACAACAUUACAGAUACUCACGUUUUGCAUCAUUUAUUCACCACCAUGCCACAUUAUCACGCAACGGAGGCAACCAAAGCAAUCAAGCCAUUACUAGGAGAGUACUACCAAUUUGAUGGUACCCCGUUUUAUAAGGCAAUAUGGAGAGAUUCGAAAGAGUGCAUCUAUGUUGAGAAAGAUGAAGGAUCUCAAGAUAUAGAUGUUUUUUGGUAUAAAAACAAGCUUUGAAAGAUGUAUAAAAAAAAUUACUUGGAUUUGGUUAAA